UUCAGACAUGCGAAGGCUAUAUUAGAGAAGGAUAAAAUCAGGAACACGUUAAAAGACAUUGAUAAUGAAUUCGAUCGCCUGCAAAUUGUUCUCCGCCAAGAAGGAGAUGAAAAAAAGAAAAUUGAACAGAAAUUAUCUCAUUUUAGUAAUUUGGCCGAUGAAAUAAAAAAGCUCCAAUCAAAAGUGAACACUAUCAAUCAAUCAUUUGCUUCUUUGGACCAGAUCAAACAAAAAUUUCAAAACUCUGUGUUAUCGGAUUUCAGAACAAUUUUUGAAAUCGAGCAAAACAUACUUAAGUCGUUAAAGCUUACAGAUAAAUUAAUUGAAGGAAGAAAAGUUAAUCAUAUAUUGGAAAGGGCCCAUUUACAACAACAUGCGUCUCAAAUUAAUAAGCUAAAGGAGAGGGAAGAUCAGUUCUCAAAAGCCUCUACAUUAGUCAACAGGUUGACAGUAUUAGUACAAAUUACAUCACAACAAAUCGACUCUAAAGCUGUGGAAUUGCGGUGCCUCUGCAAUGGAAAUCUACCAUCAAAUAAUGAUUUUCCAUUUAAAACUGAUUUUGAAAAGAUAAGAAAUCUUAGCCUGGAACAGAUUUAUGAAGCAAUUCUUGACUAUCAAGCUAGAUUAGAUUGUAUGAAAAAUUUAAAUUCAGAGGUAAUUGCGGAGUUUCGACAUCGCCAAGCCGAGGUAGAGGAAUUAAGGAAAACAAUUGAAGCCAAAUCAACCCAAGAAAAAAAUUUAGAUGCUGUAAUGAUUACUUUAUACAACAAGUGGGAACCACAACUCACAAAAUUGAUUGAGACAAUAAACAAAAAGUUCAGUGAGUUUAUGGAGUCUUUAUCGUAUGUUGGCGAAGUGAUUUUAUCAAGAAAGGAUAAGGUAUUGAUUUUGAUUCUUAUGGAAUUCAAAUAAUGGUCAAAUAUAGAAAGGACGCAAAAUUACAAACCUUGGACAAAU